GAAGGCAGAUGUACACACGCUCACACACGCGGGAGCUCUCACACCCCUCAAACCGGUCUGAGUGGAAGGACUCAUACACACGCACACACACACGCUCGCUGACUCUCACACACACACAGAUACGUGCACACCAGCCCUAACGCAGCGAGAAAGUGAGUGUGCGUGGCGCUGGCUUCAAAGACACACUGGGAGAUACUGGCGUGUCUAAGAGGACUUUCUUAAAAACGCGGCAGCGGCGGUGACAGUCGUGGUGGAUAUAAACCUGAGUGGCGCACAGAAAAGCUCCAGCCUCUGAUGCCAGCGGUUCACUCAAACAGAGACAGACACAGCAGCAGUGGGACUAGGAGAGACUCACAGACAGAGACACAGAGAGAGUACUCUAACAAUUUACCAUUGAGAUUAGCCAUGAGGCCCAAGUCUGUUUGGAGAUACCGAUGACUCCAACAUCCUCCAACAGACAUUGAAUCAUGGGAAACGUGGAGAGCCAGAACGGAGACCAUGCCUACUACGGGACUCAGCAGGGCCACCUCUCCCGAAAGCACAUGUCCCGCUCCCUCCGCCUCCCCAACAAGCAGUCGCGGCGAUCGCGGCCCACCUCGUCCUCGGCCAAGGCCGAGCACCGCAACUCGGAGGCGAGCACGCGUUCCAGCAGCACGCCCAGCAUCCCGCAGUCGAUGGCCGAAAACGACCUGGAGCCCUUCAACGAGAAGGACGCGCUGGGCAAACUCGCCGACCCCACGUGGGCCGGGGGCCACAACCACGUAGCCCUGAACCUGAGACCCGUCUCCUUCCACGACCACCUGGGCGACGCCGUGGCCACGCCCGCCUCCGAGGACAGCGUGGAAGCGGACACGGUGGUGCAGGAGGAUGAGGACGAGGAGGAUGAAGACAGCCACGGGGGGCUCUACACCAGGGAGGCCACCUACCUGCAGCGGAUGAACGACGUGCCCCGGGAGGGCGGAAGCUUCAAGAAGAAGAGAAGCAAGUCGGCCGACAUGUGGCGCGAGGACAGCCUGGAGUUCUCCCUGUCCGACCUCAGCCAGGAGCACCUGACCAGCACUGAGGAGAUCAUCGAUGGGCUGGAGGACUUCCCUGACGCGAAGCAAGGGCGAGAUGCCGCCGAGAGGGCCAACUCUCUGGACGAGCUGUGCACGCAGAAGACCCCCGUACUGAGGGGCAAGCGCAACCGCUACAAGCACGGGCGGAACAGCGAACGAGUGCCAGGAAUGGAGACACCUGACCAGAUGCUGUCCCCCACAGAGGACGAUGGGAAUGGGUAUGGAGCGUACACGCUGCCCUGCCGACGCUCACACUGCCUAUCAGAAGGGCUGCCCAGCCAACAGGCAACCAUCUGCUCCAGAAUGCAGGGGAGAAGGGCACAGACUACACACAAUAUCGCUGCACAGGACGGGAGCGAGUACGGCGACAGCGGCAUCGAUGGCGUGGCGGCCGACGUGGACCUGCAGUCGCGCCGCUGCAAGACCAUGUCGGCCUCCUUCUCCGUCUACUCAGCGGCCAGCAGCUCCAUGUUCGCCGGCAGCGACAGCGGGAGCAGCAGCGGCGGUGGCGGAGGCGGAGGGGGCAGCGGCGGGAGUGGGCGAUCGCACGGCGCCGACACCCUCCUGGGCGUCUACGAGAACUUCCGCCAGGAGCUGGACAUGAGCUCGCGUCAGACGCGCGACAUCCUGGAGGAGGCCGGCUCGGCGGGGAGCGACGAGCGGAGCAGCGGCACGCUCAGUUCCAUCUACCAGUCGGACGCUGCGCUCCUCAACGCUGCCCAGGGCACGGUCCGCAAGGCCGGCGCGCUCUCCGUAAAGAACUUCCUGGUGCACAAGAAGAACAAGAAGGUGGAGCUGGCGGCACGACGCAAGUGGAAGCGCUACUGGGUCUCCUUGAAAGGUUGCACUCUCUUCUUCUAUGAGACAGACGGACGGUCGGGGAUCGACCAUAACAGCAUUCCCAAGCACGCCGUAUGGGUGGAGAACAGCAUUGUGCAGGCUGUUCCGGAACAUCCAAAGAAGGACUUUGUGUUCUGUCUCAGCAAUGCCCUGGGAGACGGCUUCCUCUUUCAGACGUCGGGUCAGACGGAGUUGGAGAACUGGAUCACGGCGAUCCACUCGGCGUGCGCGGGCGCCGUCGCGCGGCAGCACCAUCGCGAGGACACGGUGCGGCUGCUCCGCGGCGAGAUCAAGAAGCUGGAGCAGAAGAUCGACAUGGACGAGAAGAUGAAGAAGAUGGGCGAGAUGCAGCUGUCCGCCGUCACCGACACCAAGAAGAGGAAGACCAUCCUGGAGCAGAUCUUCCUGUGGGAGCAGAACCUGGAGCGGUUCCACGUGGAUCUGUUCCGGUUCCGCUGCUACCUCGCCAGCCUGCAGGGGGGCGAGCUGCCCAAUCCUAAACGCCUGCUGGCGUUCGCCUCGCGCCCCACUAAACUGGCCAUGGGACGCCUGGGCAUCUUCUCCGUCUCGUCCUUCCACGCCCUGGUGGCAGCACGCACAGAGGGCGGUGUGCGGAGGCGGAGCCAGGCCCUGUCGCGGACCUCCAGCAAGCGGAAGAGCCGGUUCUCCUCCCUGUGGGGCCUGGACACUACCUCAAAGAAGAAAAGCAAAGGCCGGCCCACCAUAAACCAGGUGUUUGUGGACGGCGCGACUCCGGUGAGGAGGAACCUGGGACGCAUGUUUGAGGACACAGUCAAGGAGAGCCUGAAGGAACAAGAGGGUGUGGAGAAGAGCCCUCUGCCCCCUGCGGACAGUGAGGUUUGGGUCCCGGGCUACCUCACCCCCUCCUGGGUGUGCCUGCCCAACGAGAAGCCCGUGCUGGCGGUCAUUGAGCCGGGACAGACGGCGCUCUACACCCUGGAGUCUGUGUGUAAGACUCAGAAGUUGGACACCUCCAUGCACUACAUCCGGCUGAAGUUUCUGAUCGACGGCCAAACGCAGUUUUACGUUCCCAAGCCUGAGGAGGAUGUGUGUGAGCUGUUCUUCAAAGAGAUCGAAAUUUGCCCCAAAGUGUCAAAGGUCAUCCAGUUUGACCGGGCUGAGUCCUAUGUCGUUGGAUACGGGUUCUCGGUGGUUGUGGUGGAUGAGGAUGGCACUCAGCAGCUCCACGUGACAGAUGUGAAAGUAGGAGGCCUGGCCGCCGCCAAAGGUCUGCGAGCAGGCGAUGAGAUCCUGCAACUGAACGGGAAGGCGGCAUCGGCCCUGGAGCUGUCGGACAUGCAGGCUGCGUUCGCUCUGCCCUCACUGGCCCUGAGUGUCAGCACGCUGCCCGCCGUCGAGCCGAGCCACCUGUGCCAUCGCCCCCCCCGCCGCACCGAGCACGACGACACCCUCUGCACUGACAUCUUCUCCCAGAAUCAGGAGGAGAUCCUGGACGAGGGGGCUGGACUGGCCCCAGAGAGCCCGGAUGACGGCCUGGGCGACGGAUCCAUCCUGACCAGCGACAGCCCAGGGGACAGUCUGGAGGAUGAGCUGGAUGCUGACACAUCACCUAAGAGCACGGAGCAGGUCGCCACUUUCUGCCGCAGCCUCCACGACAUGAAUCCUGCCGAACGUCCGGCCUCAUCUUCGUCCUCCUCCUCCUCCUCGUGCACGCCGAGCCCCGUCUCGCCCAUCCCCUCCCAGACCACCCUGCGCCAACUCUCGGACGCCGUCAAGCUCCGCCACGUCAUCUGUGAGCUGGUGGAGACAGAGCGCACUUACGUCAAGGAUUUGAAGUGGCUGAUUGAGAAAUACCUGACACCUCUUCAGAAGGAGAGUUUCCUCACUCAAGAUGAGUUGGAUGUCCUCUUUGGAAAUGUGGUGGAAAUGUUGGAGUUCCAAGUGGAAUUUCUCAAGACGCUGGAGGAUGGGACCAGACUUGUGCCAGAUUUAGAGAAGCUUGAGCAAGUCGAUCAGUUCAAGAAAGUCCUUUUUUCCUUGGGUGGCUCUUUUCUCUAUUACGCAGACCGGUUUAAGAUCUACAGCGCUUUCUGUGCCAGCCACACUAAAGUCCCCAAGGUCAUCGCCAGAGCCAAGACAGACCCCGAUUUCAAGGCCUUCCUGGACGAGCGCAACCCCAGGCGGCAGCACUCCUUCACCCUGGAGUCGUACCUGAUCAAGCCCAUCCAGAGAGUGCUGAAGUACCCGCUGUUGCUCCGCGAGCUCCACUCCCUCACAGACCCUGAGAGCGACGAGCACUACCACCUGGACGUCGCCAUGAAGGCCAUGAACAAGGUUGCCAGCCAUAUAAACGAAAUGCAGAAGAUCCAUGAGGAGUAUGGUGCUGUGUUCGACCAGCUGAUCAGUGAGCAGAGUGGUGAAAGGAAAGAGGUUGCUGACCUGUCAAUGGGUGACUUGUUACUGCACGCCACUGUUGCUUGGAUCAACCCACCACCUUCUCUCUUGAAGGGGAAGAAGGAGCCGGAGUUGGCUGUAUUUGUGUUCAGAACAGCGCUGGUUUUUGUGUACAAGGAUAGCUCCAAGCACAAGAAAAAAAUCGGAGCCUCUCACAGGGUAUCCACCGCUGAUGAGAAGGACCCCAUUCGCUUCAGGCAUAUGAUCCCCACAGACGACCUCCAGCUCAGGAACCUCGGCAACGCUGAUGGGACGGCCAUGUGUGAGAUUGUGCACGUCCGGUCCGAGUCAGAGGGCAGGCCAGAGAGGACGUUUCACCUGUGCUGCAGCUCCCCCGACAGCAAGAAGGACUUCCUGAAGACGGUGCACUCCAUCCUGCGGGACAAGCAGCGGCGGCAGCUCCUCAAGACGGAGAGCCUGCCCCCCAACCAGCAGUACAUCCCGUUCGGAGGCAAGCGCCUGUGCGCGCUCAAGGGCGCUCGGCCCACCAUGAACAGAGCAGUUUCUGCACCAACUCGAACUCUGGGACGGAGGAAGGUGGUGCGGAACCGCUUCACCAUUGACCGGGACGUCAUUUUUGACGACGACUCGAACCAAAGCACUGACCAUGAGCAGGACUCACCCACGCUGAUACCUGAGCCUGUGUCGCAACAUGAACCCGCGCCACAUUCCCAUAAUGCACCUCUGCCCCCAAAGGACACGGAGCGAUGGGUCGAGCAGCAGUUUGACCAUGGCCGUUACAACAACCAAGUCAAAGAAACAGACAUCCUCAGUGAUGACGACGACUAUUGCAAGUCGGUGAGGGGACCCAGCGCGGAGCCCUCCGCUGAGUGUCCACUAGGGGCACUGUCCCUGGGGCAGGAGUGUGAGAACGGGGAGCCGCACAGGCCCAGAGAGGACGCGCUGUCCCCUGCUGUCGUCCCCGAGAGGACCCAGGGCCCCCUGAAGCUGACCCCGCUUAGGAAGCAGUGUGCUGUGGAGGGCGUCACGGAACACGAUCGUGAGGUCAUCUGGGUGCGACGCGACGACUUUGGCAGCCCCAAUGGAGACGUUUUCUGAGAAAAGCUGCGAAGUGAAAAUGUGACGGACAGAGAUCCAAAGAGAAAGAGGCAAAAAAAUGACAAACAGAAACUCGGACGCUUUUCAUACUGUGCUGUAUAGAAGUUGAACUGAGACUCAAAGGACAUCAUGCACUGGGAGCAGAAAUCCCACUAAUCAUUAUCUUUGGCCUGAGCAUACAACUACCCAUCCACUACCCGCACAAUAGUCUGACAAUCCCACUGCCAGCAAAUCCUCCCAGUGUCCAACCUCCUCAGCUGGCUUCAUUUCCUGUGUGUUCCUGUACAGGAGAAAAACACGCAUGCUGCUAAAUCCAUUACAUUGGAACAACACAAUACUCAUGACGCCUGACACAGUCCAUUGCUUCAGUACGCAUUUGUAUGUCUUUAUAUUAGAAUCUUAUGUAACAUUAAAUGUACAGUCUUGUUAAUGAAAUAGGGGAUGCAUGCUUUGGUCCACAAGGACUGCCUGGCAGCUGUCCUUCCACUUGAAGAUUGUUGUUGCCAAAAUAAUGCGUUUUUAUACAGAUGUGGGUCUUUUUUUUCCCUGUUUCCUAACUAACACAUUCAGAUAUGUCAUCCUAGUCAUUCUAAAGGGCUCUGACAAUACUCGCUUUUGAUUUCCAAAAAAGGGGGACUAUAUACUUCUGUGUACAGGUUAUGACUGCUACAUAAAAUUCAUGCUUGUUUUAGCGGCCUCUAACUUGCACCCUGGAGAUCUGCCUAACGGCUGGUAGACUGCUGCUUUGGUACUGUUGGAACCAAACACAUAAGAUUCUUACAUAGUCUGAAUGGCUUGAGUGGCAGCUGUGUGUGUGUGUGUGUGUGUGUGUGUGUGUGUGUGUGUGUGUGUGUGUGUGUGUGUGUGUGUGUGUGUGUUCCACUAGGUCUGCAGCUUACCCCCUAGCAGUUUGGCAGAUUCCCCAGGCAGGUACCAGUUCAGGUGUCCCUGCUGUGUUGUGGUCCCUCUUAGUUACUGUAAAUCAUUGAGAACAUAUAAGAACGGCAUCUGUCCAUCCUACAAGCAUUCCAAAGUAUGUUAUUCCAUCAAAAAUGUAUAUAUGUGAUUUGUUUUCUUUUAUCUCUAGCUGUUUUUAUUUGUGCAUUAUUGUUGUCUCUUUCCCCAUCAUGUGUUUACAUCAUAUCCUGCAGUCCAGUAUUCUCCACUCAUUCUUACUGAAGGUAAGGAAGUCAUUCUAUAAGUCAUUACUAAUCCUGUUUUACUUGAACUGAAUUUUAAGCCUGUUACAAGCCACCUGAAUUAUACUCAGAAUGGGAUGUUUUGGACUCAGUAAGCAGGCACUCUGUCUUAUGACUUUCUAUCUGAAACUGUUUUUUAUUAACCUGCCAGUUAGUUGAAAUACUGUAUAAUGUGACACAGACUAGUGCACCUUUUGGAUGUAUCAAACCUGCACUUAAAACUCAGCUUGUCCUCCCCAUGCACAGUCUUUUGAUGUUUAGACUGUCACCAAAAUGAGGAUAUGAAAUGCAUUUGAUGCCUUUUUGUUUGGAUGUUUAGAACCUUUGUGGUCAUUUUGUAAAAUGAGUUGUGGUUUUGUCCCAAGCAAUUUUGGCUCAGUAAAUACUGAAAGAGUAUAUAUUUUCCACAAUCUUUAAAUUGUGAUGAGCAAUCAUAUCCCAGCUAAAUAGCAAUUUUAGAGCAGUAUGGCACAUGCUCAUUAGGUUGUCUAACUGCUUGAAAUUAUUACCUUUUCCCAAUGCAUUUUUGAAAGGUGUUCUUACAUAAACUGUGGAUAUUUGUUGUAAAUAUUAUUGUGCUUCUCAAUAAAUGUUAUUAAACAA